UGUUAGAUCAGGUAGUUUUGGUACCACCUCCUUCUAUAUUAAGAAGCAUUUAUCUAUAAAAGCAGGAGAUGUUCCCUAAAUCUGAACUUGGAGAGCAUCUGCAUCUUACAUACUGAAGAGAACACACUUGUAGAAAUGAAAGUUUUCAUCUUCAUAAUUGUUGGCAUUAUAACUAAACAAGUAUCUGCAGUAGAUCCUGAAUGCUACGCUGGAAGUGACCCUCCUCUUUGUGAUGAUGCUGCAUGUGGAGGAACUUGUGAUGCAUUUAAUGGAUGUAACUGCAAUAAUGGCGUGAAAUGCUUUCCUUCAAACUGCAUAUUGGAUUCCAAUGACUGCUGUGAUGUGGAUUCCGGGUGGUAUUAUGACUCAACAAAGCCCUGCUGCACAAAGACAUUUCAAUGCAAUCCACGUUGUGCUAGUGAUGAAGUUUGUGUUGAGUCAAAUGGUUUACCAGACUGUCCAUGCAAUGUGACAGUCUACAAAGACAAAGUUAUUGGAGAUUUCAAACCCUCAGUGAGCUGCGCUGGUAGUACAAUGACAACAUCUUUUAGCAAGUGUGAGUUACAAGCAUUGGGAUACAACUUCAGUUCAGUUCACCUGUUCAAUACUUCUGAAAUCUGUGUCUAUCCAUAUCCCGAAAUUCAGAAUGGUAUACGUAUGACCUUCGUCCAAGUGGCAGCACUCGUAGGAUGGUGUGGAAACAUUGAUACGGUGGGCUCAUCAGACAUUUAUUUUACCAAUAAUCUUUACAUUGAAGCAAAUUCAGGACCUCUUAUCACUAAGAAUCCAAUCACUUACAACUUUUCUUGUGUUUUUAACCGCACUAUGCAGACCAGCCUCAAUUUCUUUCUGAACCCCAUAUCAAGCACAAUCACCAUUCCACCUCAAAAUGGAAUCAGCAGUUAUACUGUAACAUUGGCAGCUUACAGUGAUGAAACAUGCACUUUGCCAUUACAGGGAAGUAAUACCUUGACUGUUGGAACAAUUUUAUACCUAGGCAUAUUUUCCCCAGAUUUAAAUGGAGAUGCAUUUAGUUUAAGAGCAGAGAAAUGUUAUGCCACUCCUACAAAUGACUCUAACUCCAACCUCAACGUAAUACUAGUAGAUGGAGGUUGUGCAGCUGAUGGCAGUGUUGCAACAACAGUUUUAGAAAAUGGAGUGUCGACAGAGGCAAGAAUCCAGAUCAGCUCUUUCCUAUUUCAAGGAUACAAUGACAUUUUUAUAUACUGCAGUGUGACAAUAUGCAACAAAAGUGAAGAUUGCACAAAGUGCAACUCCGUAUCAGCCCGUGCUGCAGAUACAAUUAGCCCAGUUAUAUCAAUAAAGCUGAACUUAGAAGAUCUGAAUAACAUUGAGUACACUAACUCUGGACAUGUUAAAGGUGUCUCCUGGGCUUUGCUGGUCAGCACCCUUCUUGCAUACUUCUAUGUUAAGCCUUUCUAAAAAAGUGACAGCAUUUUGCUCUAUUAAGCGGAUGAUGGUUGGGCGAGGUCAUAGGCUAUCUUAUAAAUGAGAAUUUCUUCAUAGGGACACCAUUUAAUUUAUGUAUCUCAAUAUAUGUAUGACAAGACUAAAAGAGACUAUAUGGAACAGGCAGCAUCUGAUGUAAUUUUACCAUUUUGGACCAAAAAAAUUGGGUUUUAUCUUUCCCCUGAUCAGACAUUUAGACAUAUUUAUCUCUUAAUGAUGCUUGACACUUUGAAAGAUAAGUGGCACAUCUGUGCAUAACUGAUUAUUAUAUAAUGUACUAAAUUUGUAAUAUAUAUACAAUAUUGCUUUGGAGUGCUCAUUGCAUAAAUAAAAUAUCAUAUUUGGCUGAUAAAAACAGUG